AUGCUAAUAUCAGGAGGAAACGACGCGGUGCGGUGCAAAAUGUUUGUAGGCACUCUGUCAAGCACGGCGUUAAAAUGGUUUGGCAAGAUCCCCCACGCCACCAUCACUUCCUUCAACGAUUUCGCACGCCUGUUUAUGGACAGAUUCGCAGUAAAUCGCCCCAAACAGCUACAAAUAGCAGAUAUGUUCGAUAUCAAGCAACGUCAGGAAGAAACUUUGAAGCAAUUUCUUAAUAGGUUCUGCGACAUCAGUAUGGGACUCACAAACCCUAGCGAAGAAAUGUUGGUCGGAGCAUUCGUGAAAGGGUUGCGAGCUAACUCUUUUAGUGAAUCUCUCAUCCGGACACCCGCCGCAACACUAGCAGAAAUAAGGGGCCGGGCCACCGUCUACAUUGAAACAGAAGAGGCAAUGCAGAGGAAAAGGCUGGAGGAGAGGCGACCUCCGCCCGAGCACAAAGGUAGGGAUGUCCGACGCCAAGUGAUGGAGACCUCUUCCCCCUACAAAAAAUCCAAUCGCAAGUUCACUCCCUACAACCCGCGUCACAACCCAGAUAAAAGGGCUGUUAAACCUUCAUGCCCUCCUUUUUCUGAAUCCAAAGCUCGCAUCCUGCAAGACGAAGAAGUAAGCAAAUACCUGCGUUUCCCAUUAGAAACCGGCCGGCUCCUCGGGAAGGAGACCUCGACUUGGUGUGAGUUUCACAGAACCCAUGGUCAUGACACAGAGGACUGUUUCCCUCUGAUAGGGCAGUUAGCAAGCCUGGCUCGGAGAGGCCUUGUAAACAAAUACGUCAAAGGUGAUAACAUGAAGACGAAGCUUGCCGAGUCAUCUACCAAAACUACCGCCGGUCCUCACGAAAUCCCAGUGUUUGGGGAUUUCAACACUAUAGCAGGCGGCUUUGCAGGGGGCGGACCGACUAAGUCUGCCCGGAAGCGAUACGCACAGACCGUCAUGUCGACAUCAGUCUCAGGGUUUUCAGUGCCCACACCCAAUAUCACUUUUUCAGCAGACGACACCAAGGAUAUAGUUCCUCAUGAAGACGACCCCGUAGUACUCUCCGUAAUCAUGAUGGGCCGAAACGUACAUCGUGUGUUGAUAGACCAGGGUAGCUCGGCGGAUGUUAUGUUCUGGGAUACAUUCGUUGGCCUUCAGAUUCCCAGAGAUCAACUUUUGCCUUUCGACGGGGUCCUAGUCGGUUUUUCAAGUGAACAAGUGGAGGUCCGCGGAUACGUCGACUUAAGGACGACUUUCUCUGACGAACACGCAGCCAAAACCAUAGUAAUCAAGUACAUUGUGGUCAAUGCCCUUUCGUCCUAUAAUAUGCUGCUGGGGAGACCCUCCCUCAACAAACUCGGCACAGUCGUAUCUACGACACACUUGAAGAUGAAAUUCCCAGCUGAGGGAAAGAUAGUCACGAUGAAAGUCGACCAAGAGGUAGCACGAAAGUGCUAUGAAAAAAGCUUACGAACUCGACGCGAUGCGUACAGUCUAGCUCAGAUCUCCCGGACCACAAACAGGUCGGAUUCCGAGCUGGACCCCCGUCCACCAACCGAUCAAGGCCCGCAACCCAUUGGCGAACUAAAAGAGAUAGAAAUGCUUCUCGGAAAGAAAAUAAGGAUCGGAGCCAGUCUCGACUCAACCACAGAGACGGCGAUACGACGAGUCCUACAAGCGAAUAUGUCCUUGUUCGCAUGGUCGGUCCGAGAUAUGCCUGGGAUCAAUCCAGACAUUCUUUGUCAUCGCCUGAACAUCAACCUACGGGUAAAACCGCGAGUUCAAAGACGCAGGAGGCUCAACGAUGAAAAAGGAAAAGCUGCGACAGAGGAGAUAAAAAAAUUGAAGGAAGCCGAGCAUAUCAGAGAAAUACAAUACCCGGAUUGGCUGACCAAUGUAGUCAUGGUAAAGAAGGCUAAUGGAAAGUGGAGGAUGUGUGUCGACUUCACCGACCUGAACCUGGCAUGCCCAAAAGAUUCCUACCCCUUGCCAAACAUAGAUGUCCUCGUAGACCGUGUCUCCGGGUGUGGCUUGUUGAGCUUCAUGGAUGCAUACUCAGGGUACAACCAAAUCCGCAUGCAUCCGGAAGACGAAGACAAAACCGCUUUCAUGGGAGUAAAGGCGAAUUUUUGCUACCGAGUGAUGCCCUUUGGUCUUAAAAAUGCAGGGGCCACUUAUCAAAGAAUGAUGGAUAGGAUACUACAACCUCUAUUAGGGCGGAACGUAGAAUCCUAUGUAGACGACAUGGUGGUUACUUCCGCAGGAAACGAGGUCCACGCCCUCGACAUUCAAGAACUCUUUGACACCAUUAACAAAUAUCAGUUGAAGCUAAACCCUGAAAAGUGCGUAUUUGGAGUUAGGGCAGGAAAGUUCUUGGGAUUUAUGUUGACAGAACGAGGUAUCGAAGCUAACCCAGAUAAAUGCCAAGCGAUCAUCGACAUGAGGAGUCCGAGCUGCAUGAAAGAAGUUCAACAAUUAACAGGGAGGAUGGCAGCCCUGUCCAGGUUCCUUGCCCGGAGUGGAGACAAAGGUCAUCCCUACUUCCAAUGUCUGAAGAAGAACGAAAGGUUCCAGUGGACAUCAGAAUGCGAAGAUUCUCUCACCCGGCUCAAAGAAUAUCUGAGCCAACCACCAAUACUUAGUCGGCCAGAGAAAGGGAGACGUCUGCAGCUAUACAUCACAGUGACCGAGCAUGCCAUAAGUUCGGUGUUAGUACAAGACCGUGAAGACAAACAAUACCCGGUCUAUUUUGUAAGUCGAUUUCUACAUGGAGCGGAAAAACGAUACCCAACUCUGGAGAAAGCGGCCCUGGCUGUGAUCACCUCCGCCAGGAAACUUAGGCACUACUUCCAAAGCUUCAGCAUUCAGGUGAAGACUGACCUCCCUGUAAAGCAAAUCCUUAAACGACCUGACAUGACAGGACGUUUAGUGAAAUGGGCCAUAGAAUUGGCAGAAUACGACAUAACAUACGAGCCGAGAGGACCAAUUAAUGCUCAAGCAUUGGUUGAUUUCCUUGCUGAACUCACUUUGCCAACACCGUCAGACCCGGACAAAGUUCCCACCAGUUCAGCUCCUCCCGAGUGGAUCCUAUCCGUCGACGGCGCAUCGAACCAGAAGGGAAGCGGAGCUGGAGUCGUCCUCGAGGGUCCAGGUGGAGUGCUGAUUGAGCAGUCCCUCAGGUUUUCGUUCAAGGCCAGUAAUAACCAGCCCGGAGCGACUCACUACUAG